AUGAUUAAGGAGACCUCCGAGAGCUUGAAAGCAAUUCGUCAACGCCUUAAGGAAGCUCAAGAGAGAACGACCGAACAAGUGAAGGGAAAGCUAUCGCCGCGUUAUAUCGGGCCGUUCGACAUCAUUGAGAAAAUUGGGGAGGUUGCGUAUCGUUUGGCUUUGCCACCAAGACUAUCGGGUGUUCAUAAUGUGUUUCACGUGUCUAUGUUGAGGAAAUACGAACCGGAUCCGUCGCAUGUGUUAGAAUGGUCCGAACUCGAGUUAGAGGCCGAUGCGUCUUAUGGGGAAGAACCGGUCCGUAUUCUAGAUUCGCGCGAUCAAGUGUUGAGGGGUAAGACGAUACCGUUAGUGCGAGUCUUAUGGAGAAGUCAGGGUAGCGAGGAUCAAACAUGGGAACGAGAAGAUGAGGUUAGAGAGAAGCAUCCACAUUUAUUCCCGGAGUAA